AAAAAACUGAAGACUCUGUGGAGACUCAUUGGGGCUGCUCCAAUUUCCUUCUUUCCAAGUUCCAACUGGUGCUGGCGAAUUGCUUGUAUUUUUUUGGGAAAUUCAAUUUCUACUUCUCAUGGAAGCUUUAAUGGAAGAGUGUGCUUCCUUUGAGGAUAAAGUGAAACGUACCAUAUAUAUUGACAACCUUUCGCCUUUAGCCAAGGAGUCUGUGCUUAAAGCUGCACUUGAUCAAUUCGGGAAUGUCAUUCAAGUUGAGUUUAUAAGAAGCUACCUUGAGAUGAAAGGCAUGGCGUGUGCUGCUUUAGUAGAGAUGCAGAGUGCAAAAGAGGCAAAAACAAUAAUUUCUGAGAUACGCAAUUCCCCAUUCAUGAUCUCGGGCAUGCCAAGGCCUGUUAGGGCAUGUUCUGCUGUAGCAGAGAUGUUUGAUGACCGUCCAAGGAAACCUGGUAGGAAGAUAGUGUGUCGUUGGUUGAAAACCAGUGAUCCUGAUUUUGAAGUGGCCAUGAAGAUGAAGCUUAUUGUUAGGAAGCAUGCAAAAGAGGUCAACUUUCUGCUGAAGCGUCAAUUGGAGGAGGAAGAAGAACUGGCGAAAGAGCAGUCAGAGUCACUGAAUAUAAUCUAUAGUAAGUUUGAACUCAUAGAAGAUGUCACUAAAAGUGGAACUGCUACUCGAUUGGCGAAGCAUUAUAAAAUGCGUAUUGCAGAUGUUGACCGUUAAUCAACAUCCUCAUCCAACAUUUUGCACAGGAAACUUGUAGAGAUAUAAAGAUUCAACUGUUAGACGAACGAUAUAUUUUGCUUUUUGUAGAGGACUUUUUUCCGGGCCAGUGGAAGAGCUUAGUAUAUAUUACCUAUUCAUGUGCUCUUGAAUUGUAAUUGUUGGUCUGGAAGGCAUGUGAACCUGCAGUCAGUUAGCUUUUAGCUAAAUAGAAUGUUUUUUUCUUAUUUUUGGUGGAAGGCCGAAGAAGCUAGUUGUAAGCAAUGCAAAUCUGAUGUGUCAUAGCAAAAUAAAUUACG